UUCCACAAAAACUCUCUCACAGAGAAACUCUGAAAUCAUAACAUUUUUUUUUUUGGUUUGGUUACAAUCUUUCAAUGACUAGUUGCCUUAAGCUUGAAGUUCAGACAGAAGACCAAACUCCUCACAAAUGGUGUAUUUCAUUAGCCGAGGACGAAUUCAAGAGGUUACUCUCCCAUGGAAAUCCAGUAGUGCAUAAGGUAUUUGGAGAAGGAUCAUUGUUUAGUCCAUUGUUGUUUGGGAAAUUCUUUGAUCCAUCAGAUGCCUUUCCUCUAUGGGACUUUGAAUCAGAUAGCUUAUUAUCAAAUCUAAGGAACUCUGGUAAGAGCUCAGUUGAUUGGUUUCAGACAGAUCAAGCUUAUGUUCUUAAAGCAGAACUUCCAGCAGGGGUAGGGAAAACGAAUAAUGUACAAAUCCAUGUCGAAAAAGGGAAAAUUGUUGAAAUUUUUGGACAACUGAAGUUGCUGCAGAGAGAAUCCCAGAAAAAGGAUUGGAGAAGCUGCAAUUGGUGGGAAUAUGGAUAUGUAAGGAGACUUGAACUACCAGAAGAUGCGGAUUGGAGAAGAAUAGAGGCCUAUCUAAGUGUCGACGUGGUUCUCGAGAUCCGAAUUCCUCGAAAUCUUUUGCAUUCUGAUACUUCUGCCAGUGGAGUUGGAAAAAAUUCAGAAUGAAUGUGGAACAAUUGACACAGAAACACAAAAAUGUGAUAAUCUUGACAUGAUGAAAAUUUUUUAAUCUGAUUUAAAACCAUGAGAUUGACCAUGUGAGAAUAUGUGUUAAAGUUAUGAACAUUUGGUUUCAGAUAGCAGAUACAGGCCAUGUUAAUUAUCUGCAAUUCAGACCUGGAUCUCUUGUUUUUCCAUGUAUUUGGUGGGUCUUUGGAGGGUCAUAUUCCCAUACUCAUAUAUGUGUCGACUAUGUACUGGAAAUGAGCACUUCAAUAAAAAUGAAAAAUCCGGACAA